AUGAAGGCCUUCUGUUACUACGACGACAACCCCAAGGACUACAACAACCCCAAGGACUACAACAACCCCAAGGACUACAACAACCCCAAGGACUACAACAACCCCAAGAACUACAACAACCACUACGACAACAACCAUUCCAACAACAACUUUAGCCCCUGCUUGCUACCAUCGGGGAGGUACACGGUGACCCUGGGUGACCUGGACAAAUCGAUUAGCACAGAAAGCAAAUCCAUUAGUAUCGCUUCGACAGCCAUCCGCCAUCCACAAUAUAACUCAAGCACAAACAACAACGACAUAGCACUGCUGCGGCUGGACACCCCCGUGAAUUUCCAAGCCUUUCCCAACAUCCGUCCUAUCUGCCUUUCGUCCUCCGCUCAACCAGUGACGGGCCAGAAUACCACCAUUACCGGAUGGGGCACCACUUCCUAUGGUAGGUCGAGGAUCAUAGCAUCUAGCUUCCUGCAUUAA